AUGGCCACUUUAACUUCAGCGUCAAUUUUACUCCAAAGCAUGACCGUGGAACAGCAAGUUCUCUGCGCGCUUCGGUUCUUCGAAACCGGUAGCUUUGAAGGAAUGGUGGCGACUGACGAGCACCUGUCAGUCUCCCAGUUGACUGUG